UUUACAAAUUUAAGCGAACGAUCAUUACUAUGGGAGUGGCGCCUCUCCCUUUACUUACUCUAUGGUUUAACGAUUGUGGAAGGAAGAGUAUGCUUACACGAAGAAAAACAGAUAUGAUGAUGUAGCCCAUCUGUGGUAAGUGCAUGCUAUGAACGUGGGGAACUCCGUGUGCAGUGAGUCAUGUCCUGCGCCGUGGGAGCGAGCCUGAAGCUGCCGCAAGUGGCGGCCGGCACGGAGCACGUGUGUGAAGUGGAGCCACGCGAAGCGGACUGUGCCGGGCCAGCAGGGGCAGAUGGUGACGGGGCCACCUCGGCAGAAGGGGCGGCGACCAGGGGCUUCUCUCUGCAGGAUGAGAUGCUGGACCACCUGGCGCUCAGCAGUUGCGCGCACUUCAAGAGCCAGCAGAUCGGCGAUCCCGAACUGACCGGCGCGCAGAAGCGAGAGAUUGCUCACAGUUUGCUGCAGCGAAGCUCCGGCCAGUUCCUCGCACGUUUCGGGUACUUCUUGGAGGAGAAACACCUGGAGUACUUCAAGAAUGGUGGAAUCUACGCCAGUGACUAUGAAGUGCAGUACCAUGUUCAGCAACUACAGAGAUUUCACAGCAAACAUAAGGAUCAGGUGGACGUGAAGAACCGGCGAUAUGAAGCUCUCAAGAAGCUUGUGGACAAAGGUUCGUACUUCAGUGAAUCGGAGAUGAGGAAGCGUAAUCCUCUUUUAUACGAACGCUUGGUUGGCCGCUACCUCACAAAGAGAGAAGUGGAGGACUACUGCAAUCAAGAAAGAGAUAGCAUUAACAGCCUGGUGAACCUAUUCCUGGUGCAGAUAGAACGAGCUCAGGAGAAGCGACUGCGACAGAGCCAGCUGGAUGCUGAGGACGGUGCCGUUGAAGAAAUGGACACCAGCGACGAAGACUCUGACAUGUCCAGCUCGGAAGAGGACCAGGAUCGAGAGAGUGACAAAGAUUGUGAGUCUGGAGAUGACGAGAUGCCGCCGAAGAAGAAGCGGGGGCUUACGUCAAGGGAGAAGCAGCUCCUUAAGCAAGAGUUUGUCACUUCCAUGUACCAGAGCUUCUUGGAUGGGAAAGACGUGGAUUUUGACUAUAGCGAGGUGGACAGGAACCCAGAGUACGACUGCCUGAAGGUGCGCGGCCAGGACGAGGAAGAGAAGUACUUUGACUGCGAGACUCCGGAGGAAGUGGCAGGGGAGGAGGAGGGGAUCCAGGCUGAUGCGGAGGGGGAAGAUGAGGACGAACUGGACAGGUUCAUGCGGGAGUUGCAGCCUGAGCCGACUCCUGCGAGCCUGGCGGCCCACCUCUCCACCACCAGCCUCAACAGGACGCAGUGAUGGCCGUAUCUUCAGUUGCUAUUUUUUUUUUGUGCUUGAAACAAGACAUAACUUCACUCCAAACACCGCGACAAAGCUUCAUCCCGAAACCUGUGACUGCCAUCUUUCACCUGUUUUUAUCAAACCAUAUGUUUGAAAAUGAGUUUAAAUAAUUAUUUAAAAUUCGUACUCAUUGGAAUGUCUAUACAUUUCAUGAAAUUAAUUAUCAGCAAUUUUUUUUUGUCCCUUUCAUAAUCCUUUAUUCGACUUACCCAGCUGGGAAUCUUUUUAAAAUGAUCUAGUUACCUUGUAGUCUUGCAAAAAAACUCUGUAAACCAAACUGUUUUGUUAUUUUUUUUUGUAGCUUGAGAGUUUGUAGAGGCAUGCAAAGCUUGGCAAUUUCGAAGGAAAAAAAAAAGAUCUUCAAACCUUCGACUUCUUUGAUUUUUUUCCCCAAAAAAAUUUAUCUAGCUAAAAAAUUCACAAAUACCAAAUGCUAAGUUUAUGUUAACCCUAGUUGUGCAUUUUUAAAAAUGGCCAGCAUUCAAACUAUGGCUGUUCUGAUACCUCCAGUUUAGUUAACCAAUUCCUUAUUCUGUGAUACCAUCACCUAUCUUAAGAUACUACCACCGAUACCUGAUACUGCAGCCAAAUUUACUGUUACUGGUCACUAGGGUUGUGAAUUUUGGCAGUCAAAUAUUUUUGAAUCAAAUAGUAACAUUUAUGAAAUUAAUGCAAAUAGUUACAAAAUUUACUAGAUGUCAUAUUUUGCUUUGGUGUUUUACCAUACAGAAUACAAUAGAUAAAACAACAUUCACAAAUAAAGUUACAGGUAUCAAGGCUAAAUUCAUACAGCAACAUUUGCUGUUCUCGAAACUUAUUUGAAAGAAACUAAACACCAUAAUGUCCCAAUGUUUUUUUCUAAAAUGUGUUUAUGAAAUUCUGGAAUGCUAGUUGAACUAUGAUAACUAGGUAAAUAAAUUGACAAAGUUUAAAA